AUGAUCCUUCAAAUAGCAGGAAAUCUCAUUUAUCUGAUAACUUAUUUGAAACACAAAAAGCUUCGCAAAAAACGACACUACCUCAUUAGAACUUCUUAUUCUUUCAUCGACCUAACAUCAGCUCUUGUUGAGCUUCCAAUGGCAGUUAUUUAUCUCCUAAAAGAACUGGAUUACGAAAAUUACAAUUAUUACGCGGACGUUUGCUCAAUGUCCGACAGCUGGGUGGCGGUUGUAUGUGGAACAGUCACUCUCACGCUUAUUAUUUGCUCACACAUCCUUUGGAUGCAAGUUGACCGAUACAUCGCCAUUUGUCACCCUUUUAUCUAUUCACAAAAGAGCAUGUACUCCUCUCGGCAUAUUAUUUACUGUCUGGUCAUAACUUGGUUGGUCUCUGGCGUGUUAUCAGUGAUACCAGUCAUGUCGAAUUCAGUGCACUUCGUGCUUUCUCCAACACUUCUUGUGUAUAUUGCCUAUCCAGAUGAAGCCGUCAGAGAGGUUCGGACUUGGAAGAAAAUGACUGUUCAUGGAACCGUUUUUGUCCUCCCGUUUCUUCUUUCAGUCGCGUUUGCUGUUCGAACUGGAAAAGAAGUUCUGAAGAUUCUCAACAGCGCUAAUGGCCCGAUGAUCUUUGACUUUAUGAAAGAUAAGGUCAAGAAAGAGAACUCUGACGCAACUGCUGUUUUCAAGAUGACUCUACUCUGGAAUUUCUGCUACUCCAUUUGCAUCAUCCCUUUCAUUACAGUAACGGUUCUUAUGUACGAGGGCAUCCUCAACUGCUCAUCGCUACCGCUGCCGUUUUUCCUCUCCUUCUAUCUCACCCACUUGAACGGCAUGAUCAACCUCUUCAUGCACUUUUAUCAAGAUGAAGUCUUCAUCUCUAUAUUUCGAGAGUCGCUUCCCAGAAUGUGUCGUCCAGUUCAAGUCAACUCAAGCCAUGGUUCUCGCCGCGAGAGCAAAGUUCACUGGCAGUUGGACGACUGCUUGGUCGAGUACUACAAAGCCGAUAAGACGGGCAAGAGACCAUUCCGCGUUAUUAAGCCCGUGGAUGAAAAUGGGAGAAAGCUUUCUUUGGCGACGAUUGGUAGCUCCAGACAAGGGUCUAUCUCGCACGGAUUUCAUAUUCCUCGCGUUCCAUCCGGUUCCUGUGUCACUCAAGUGACCGAAAUUCCCGGAUCGAUCAACAUUGGUUCCACUCGUCGAGGUUCUUUUUUGACAAUCGGUUCAAUCACCCGUCAGAGUUUCUCCGCCGAAUGCGCCGUUCCUAAUCUCCAAACCAUCGUUCAAGAAGAAGAAGACGCUCUCCUGGAAGUUCGACCAUCUUCGAAUGACCCACUGAACUCUGAACCCGAAGAAAAUGAAAGUGAUUCCGAAAACUGA